GCUGAACAGACCUCCACAGUGCACUCAGUUAGACACGUGUAGAGUUGUGUUCUUGAACUCUCAAAGGAAUGCUCGAGACCACAUCAUGUCCUAUUUUUCUAUUUGAGCAGUAAACGGAACCCAAUUGGCGGGACAUUGUGUGGACUCCGUUUUCAUGAUGUGACCACGGCUGCGCUUUUGACGCACGAUGGAGGACUUUUUCGGCGCGGACGACACCGGACCACACAACUCGUCGUGGACCAGGUGUCGCGCGUGGGAGAACGAGAGUCACUCGGCCAACGCCAACGCCAGCGCCUCCGCGAACGCUUUAAAACGCAACGACGAAGUGGCGAAAGCGGAAGUGGCCGUGCUGGUGCUGGUGCUGCUUCUCGCGCUGACCGGCAACCUGUGCGUGCUGUGGGCCAUCCGCGCCGCCAAGACGCGCCAAUCUCGGAUGUUCUACUUCAUGAGGCACCUGAGCAUCGCCGACCUGGUGGUGGCCGUCUUCCAGGUUCUCCCGCAGCUCAUCUGGGACAUCACGUUCCGCUUCUACGGACCGGACGCGCUGUGCAGGCUGGUGAAGUACGUGCAGGUGGUGGGCAUGUUCGCGUCCACCUACAUGCUGGUGCUGAUGUCCAUCGACAGGUGCUUGGCCGUAUGCCAGCCACUCCGACCGGUGCGCCGGGGAAGGGACCGCGCGUGCGUGUGCACGUCGUGGCUGCUCAGUCUGAUAUUCAGCACGCCUCAAGUGUACAUCUUUUCCCUGCGGGACGUCGGGGACGGCGUGUACGACUGCUGGGGGGAUUUUGUGCAGCCGUGGGGCGCCAAGGCCUACAUAACAUGGAUGAGCAUCAGCAUUUACAUCCUCCCCGUGGGGGUCCUCGGCGUGUGCUACGGCCUGAUUUGUGUCAAAAUCUGGCAGAACUUUAACCUGAAAACCAGGAGGGAGCAAGUCUUGGCUCCGUCGCUCAACCACGCGCGUCAUCUCUGUCGGGUGAGCAGCGUCAGGCUCAUCUCCAAAGCCAAGAUACGCACCGUGAAAAUGACUUUGGUGGUGGUUUUGGCCUACAUCGUGUGCUGGACCCCCUUUUUCUUUGUCCAGAUGUGGUCUGCGUGGGAUGAUGCGGCUCCGCGGGAAGACACGGCCUUCAUCAUCGCCAUGUUGCUGGCCAGUCUGAACAGCUGCUGUAACCCGUGGAUCUACAUGUUCUUCGCCGGUCACAUGUUCCAGGGUGUGCCGAGCGACUUCUUCUGCUGUCGGCGCUGUGUGGCGGCAUCCUCGUGCAGCCACCAUCACAGCAACUCCUCCGCGUACGCCAUCAAGAAGGACGGCAGCCAUAAAAGCCUCUCGCACACAUCUACCACAGGGGAGCCAGCACACUGAGACUCCAUCCGACAGUCCAUUUGGCAUCUUCUUUCACGGGCACGUCAUUACUUCCGCAGCCUAAAUGGAAACAUCCCAGUCAGCAGAGGCAUCUGGCCCGGUUUCGGCAUGAAGCUGGCACAGCUGGCCUUGAGUCGGCACUGGCAUGUAUGUGGGCCGAACACUGCCCAGGAGUGGCAAAGGAGGCACUGGCUUGACUCUGGCAAACCAGAUGAAGGCGAGUGUGGAGUGAAGUAUUUGGGCCAGAAAUGAAUUUACAACUCCGGCCCGUAUAUGGCCAGCCAGUGUUGAGCCACCCUUAAAUGCAGUGUCAGAUUUAUUUUUUCAACACACAGCCUUGUUUUACAAUUGCACACCGAUGCGGAAUUCCAUUCAUCACUCACACACGCACACACACACACGCACACACACACACACACACACACACACGCACGCGCGCGCGAGGUUUAAUCAGGCCCGCAGGAUAAUUUAAAAAUGAAAAAAAAGCAUAAAAGACAGAAUUAAUAUUUUUAAUAAGGUGCAAUUCAUUGAGUAUCCGCCAGGGGACACUGUUUUGUCCAGAGAAGAAGAAAACAGCCUCAGUCCGUCACUGAGACAGACCCAUGACAGCAGACGCUAUCAAUAGCACUCUCACCUUAACUCAUUUAUUAAUAGCACUCUCCUUAGUUUGUAAGGUGUAGGCAGGGAUUACAUUUAGAUUUUAUAUGCACGUGUAAAUGGUUUAAAACUUCCUUUCUUGAUAAAUCUUGUUUAAUCAUAAAGUGCAUUACUUUUUCAAUGCCAAUUACUUGUUAAAGUUUGUACAAUCAAUGGGAUCAGUUGCAAUGCAUAUAUGUGAAUGAUAAAAGUAAAUUGCACAUUUGUUGAAGGAAAUGUAAGUUGCUUCAUGAAAUGUUUUGUAAAAGAUACAUUCAUGAAAUUUCAACAUUUUCCAAA